UGAUACCCCCACGCCCAACAUGUUCAACGUGCGCUCCAUAGUGUUGCUGGUCAUAUCCUACGUCGUCAUACCGCGCCUCACAUUUCUUCCUCAGGGUUUUCACACCCUGUUGAUGCUCUUUGGGCCGUUCCUCAUUCCCCGCGUGUUCGACUGGUUCAGUACUGCGCGCGCUACAUCACGAAGCGCCCCCGUACGGCCCACGCCGCCUCGAGUCCAAAAAUGCGCUCAAUUUACUAUGCGUAAGCGCCGUCGUGUACCUCGUCCUCUCGCUACCCCCGAUUUAUGCCCGAAAACAUCUUCAUGCGAACACAAAGCCAUAUACGGACAGAGACCAGCGUACUUUUCUCGAGGCUUCGUCACCUGCGAGAGCUCACGGACCAGGAUGAUGCACUCCGUGAAGAAGUUUGCAAGCCCGAACGGCAUGCAUAACAGGUUGCUGUACCUCGUGUAUGGUCCAGACGCGUUGCUGAAUUGCGUGUGGUGCACCUCUUCCAAGGGCAACGACCAAAAUGCAGUACUUCUUGUACGCGCUUCCUAAACUGGUCAUACCGCACAUUUUUCAGCUUGCAGUUCUCGGGCUAUCGACGUCCUCUUUGAUCGGGAACGAAGGGUCGAGGUUCCGAACACAUGCUACUAUUGCCGGACUUCUGAUGCUGGUAGUAGAAGUGUACUACAUCCAGACAUACGACAUCAC